CCCACCCUUUACGCGGCUCGUAGCUGUUUGUUCACGGCCGGGUGUGAAGUCAGGGUCUGGCGGUUCCUGGGGACGCCCCGUCCCAGAUGUAACCCUCGCCGGGCUCCCUACAACCGUCCCGGAGCCUUGGCCUGCUUCGGUUUGCCUCUCAGGCCCAGUGGGCGGGAAACAUGGCCUCGUUCCAUCUGGAUCAUCUAAAAAAUUAUCACAGAAGAUUUUGCCGGCCUUCCAGAGCACCCAACAUUCAUAAAAAGCAAUGCCAGAACGUGUUGGAAAUCGUACAAGACUGUUUUGAAGAACAAAAUUCUACAGAAACAUUGCUUCAUUCAACACCUAAAAAGAAAGACAUUCAUAGUCAGUCAUCAGGCAAAGAGGCAUCACAUUCAAAAUCAGUUCCGGUUUCUUCAAGGUGGAAAGAAGCUUCGCUGCAAGUUUCUGCAGAACCCAGUGAAGCUGCUGGUGGAUCAGUGCAGGCUAAUGGAGUUCAUCACACAAUUCUACCUACUGAUGUUGUUUCUAAAAGUACACCGGACUCAAACAAAGUGUCAAGUGAAAAAACAAAUGGUCGCCACAGUGCUCCUGAUGAUGACUUUUACUUAUCUGUUGGCCCCCUUGAGGUUCUCUCGGAUGCAAGAACAUCUGUGUUGCAGAAUGUUACUUCAUCAGUUGGCCAAAAGAGAGCGAAUUCUGUCUUAAAUUCAGUAGAUAUGCAGUCUUCAAAUACAGGCGUUUCUGUUAAAAUCAGGAAAAGGCUAACCUUUGACGAUAAAGUUGUUUUGGACAAAGCAGAAAUAGAGAACGAUGUGGCAAAAGUAGAGGAUAAAAUAUCAGAAGGCCAAGAAGGGACAUCAUCAGAAAUAUCUCAGAAAAGAGACUCUUUGAACUAUGAAACUCAACCACAAUCUAAGAAGAGUUUUUCUAAGUUGUAUUUAGAAACUGUCAAGAGGAAGAGUGAAUCCAGUUUCAUUGUUAGGCAUGCAUCAGCAGUUCCACCUCUCUCAUUUCCUCCAAGUGACAUGAAAUUAUUAGAAGAUGAAUUCAUUAUUGAUGAGACAGAAAGAAGUUUUCAAAGUAAACCUUGGGUGAUGAUACCAAGGAAAGGCAGACAUCUGAAAAGCCAAGUGCAGUCUCCUGAAAACAUGUCAACUCCUCAAAAUAAGAAGUCAAGCGAGAAACCUCAUAGCAUGUCAGCUGAGACUUUGAUAAAUGACACACAGUCUCAUAAGGCUCCCCCAGUGGAGAAAUGUCAGCUUUCUGUUGAAGAAAGCCUGGGAACUAGUUGUUCAAAUGAGUUGGAAAAUGAUCGUAGGUCUACAGAAAAGAAAAUGCAUUCUGAGAAUGCCAAAAAAACAUCUCGAAGGAAAAGGACUAUAAAACAGAAGCAGAGAAGAGUAUCUACAUCUACGGUAGUUGAAGAGCAGCUUAAUAUGGGACAAGGUAUAAAUGAAAGUAGGAAUAUGUCAAAUAUUGGCCAAGAAAAGUUACAAGGAAAUUCAAAAAGAAAUAUGGAAGCCUGUGAAGAGGUGAGGAAUGAGCCUAUUCCCAAGAAACAUGUGCCACCUGACGAAAACAAAAGAAAGAAUUACACCCAAGAAGAUAAGGAAAAAUCUGGAAAGAAAUCUUUUUCUCAUGGGUCUAAGAACAAAUUUAUGCCUAAAGAAGUGACUUUGACUGUCAGGAGAAGUUGUAGACUUUCUCAGCAUCCACGUGACUGGUGGGUGGUAGAACAAGAAGAAGGUCCUGCUAAUAGAAAUUCAAGAGAAAAUGAAUCGCCAGUGGUAUAUCACAAUAGAGAAAAACGAACAAAGAAAAAUCACUUAUCUAAAAAUACUGGGAAAAAACCUGUUCCAUCAAAAAGACAGAAGACAGAGAGCAACUCAAGAAUACAGAAGUCUGUAAAUGUUAAGAGCUCUGGAAGACCAGUUAGUGAAAUUUCUACUUCUCAGAGUGAGCCACUAGAAAACAACAGGACAUACCCAACUCAGAAGACUAUUGAUAUUUCUGGACCUACAGGAGGCUCUAAGUAUUACAGAACAUCACAGAACGUUCAUUUAAAGUCUCAUACUGGGGAAUAUACAAGCAAGACACUAAUGGAGUCUAAUUUGGACUCAGAAGAGCCUAAAAAUUCAAUUUGGGAAGAAAGUGGACCUUCCAGGUUCAAGAAUUAUGUAAUGUCUGUAAGCAAUAAUUCUGAAAAAAGUGAUGAAAAGGACCAGGAGAGGUUGGAUGACCUGUCCAUUGCAGAAGAUUUGAGAAUCAAGAAUUCUAAUGUGUCAUCAAAUGGGAAUAUACAUCACAAAUUAGUAUUGCCCUCCAACUCACCAAGUGUUCGUAGAACAAAGAGGAUACGUUUUAAACCUUUGGAAUAUUGGCGUGGAGAGCGGAUAGAUUAUCAAGAAAGCUCAGCAGGUGGAUUUGUGCUUGGAAUCAUAUCCCCAACUCCAGUAGCAGACAAAAUAAGGGCAAAAAGAAACCUGAACAAAGUCAACAAAAAAGUUAACAGAAAACGGAUUCGUUCUGAUAAUCAUAAAAAGACUAGGUUAGUGUUGAAUCUGGAUAUACCUCUAGGAGAUCCUUUUCAGACAACAUUGGCAAAGGACCCAGAAACAAGAGAGAUUGUCCCCAUGGAUCUUAUAAGACCACGAGAUACAUACCAAUUUUUUGUUGAGCAACAUGGCCUGAAAGUUUUUAAAACAUUGGAUACAGCAUUUUUUUCUACUGGAAAAUUGGUUUUAGGACCCCAUGAAGAAAAAGGAAAACAACAUGUUGGCCAAGAUAUAUUGAUUUUUUAUGUUGACUUUGGUGACCUUUUAUGUACCUUACAUGAAACACCUUAUAUGAUAACUACUGGAGAUUCAUUCUAUAUUCCUCCAGGUAAUCAUUACAACAUUAAAAACCUCUUGAAUGUGGAAAGUUCUCUUCUUUUUACACAGAUAAAGAGGUGAAAUACAUACGUAUGUG